GUGGAGGAGGAGCUUCUGGUGGUGCAGCAGGAUCCAUGCUUCAACAACAUGUGUCAAGACGUCAGAUUUCCUAGUUGGUCAGUUGACAGGUCUCAUAGGAGGCUCACAUAUAUUUUAGUUGCAGGUUUUGCAUAGAGUGGUUGAGGCGCUGAACUAGAAAUCUAAGAUCACCAUGGUCUUAAAAUCGCAGAGAGCUUUGCAAGUCAAGCUGAAGGUUUUGUUAUUUUGGAUUGGCAAGGCGUUGAUAAGACAUCAUCGCAACCGCAUUCAAGCUACACAGCUUCUGUCCAAGCUGCAAUUCAGGCUGGCAUUCACAUGGUCAUGGGUUCUUUUUAACUUCAAUGAAUUCAUCAAUGAUCUUAUGUCCUUAGUGAGGAGCAAAGUAAUACCUAUCACACGGAUUGAUGAUGCUGUCAGCAGAAUCCUACUUGUCAAGUUCACCAUGGGACUCUUUGAGAACCCUUUGGCUGAUUAUAGCUUCUCCAAUGAACUAGGAAGCCAGGCACAUAGAGACCUGGCAAGGGAAGCUGUUAGUAAAUCCCUUGUGCUGCUGAAAAACGGGAACAAUACCAAUCCUAUGCUCCCACUUCCAAGGAAGGCUUCAAAGAUCCUAGUAGCUGGUACUCAUGCUGAUAAUUUAGGUUACCAAUGUGGUGGUUGGACCAUAACUUGGCAAGGAUUGAGCGGCAACAAGAACACUAGAGAGACAGCUGGAGAUAGCGACAAGCUAACUAUGAGGGAUCCUGGUCCAGCCAUCGUUACCUCCACUUGUCAGGCUAUCAAAUGUGUUGUUGUAGUUGUUUCAGGGAGACCACUUGUGAUGGCACCUUACGUUGCCUCGAUUGAGGCCUUGGUUGCAGCGUGGCUACCGGGAACAGAAGGCCAAGGGAUCACUGAUGCUCUCUUUGGGGACCAUGGCUUCAGUGGGAAACUUCCUAUUACAUGGUUCAGAAACGCAGAGCAGUUGCCUAUGAGCUAUGGAGAUUUGCAUUAUGAUCCGCUUUUCGCUUAUGGGUCUGGUCUUGUAACUGAGUCUGUUGCGAGUAUUGUAGCUAGGUAUAAGUCCUUAAAACAUGUUGCAUCAUUCUCAGACACAAGAUUAAGAUCCUUUUAACUCCUUUUUUAUAAAGUAUUAUAAACAGUUUAUCAACC